AUGCGCGCCUUGGUCCGGGGGCGCGCCUUGGUCCGGGGGCGCGCCUUGGUCCGGGGGCGCGCCUUGGUCCGGGGGCGCGCCUUGGUCCGGGGGCGCGCCUUGGUCCGGGGGCGCGCCUUGGUCCGGGGGCGCGCCUUGGUCCGGGGGCGCGCCUUGGUCCGGGGGCGCGCCUUGGUCCGGGGGCGCGCCUUGGUCCGGGGGCGCGCCUUGGUCCGGGGGCGCGCCUUGGUCCGGGGGCGCGCCUUGGUCCGGGGGCGCGCCUUGGUCCGGGGGGUGCGCCUUGGUCCGGGGGGCGCGCCUUGGUCCGGGGGCGCGCCUUGUGCUUGCAUCUCACCUAAUCUGUUUCUUACCGAGGCUGUCUCGGAGGUGAACGGAGAAGAGCUGGUGGGCGGGCACAGAGAGCUCAGCGGCAUGGAAGGGGAAGUCGUUGUCGCCCACCGUCAGCUGCGCUGCCUGCCAUGGCGCACAGGGGUUGGCGGUGGCGCGGGAGGGGAGGGAGGGAAUGGGGUGAAUGGUGCGGAGGGACGAAAAGAGAGGGUGGAGAAGCAGGAGAUGGGAGUCGAAAAUGUGAGUGGAAGACGAGGGAGAGCAGGGAGGCAGUAA